AGCUUAGCGGGCUAACUUAGCUUCAUUCCGCCUGUCACGCCACUAACACGGGAGCUAGUGUUGCGUGGAAAGGUGUUCUCUCAACGCGCUUCAUUCAGCGACGGCUUCGUGUUGAAACAAGUGACGCAAUGUUUGAUUUGAGAUGGGGUGAAUGGUCAGGUAUUUAGGGGGAGUUUUGAGAUCUCUGUGUGUAUUUUCGCGAGUGAGGAAACCUGCGAGUGUAAAAAGAACCGUUACGUGGAUCCUUUCGCCUGCGACGUGCUUUACUGGAUGUAACGCUGUUUCACAGUUCAGCCAUGAAGAAACUUUGGACCAAAGCAAGUGUUCUAGGUUCGAUGUCGGUGGCUUUUGGUUCAAUGCUGUGGUCCCAGAAGCAAGCUGAAUCGGACCAGCUGGUUUCCAGUUGCACCUCUGCUGAUGCGAAUCCUACUUCUCCCUACGACCUAAAGUUGGUUCAAGUCCUGUUCCGACAUGGUGCACGAACGCCGCUGAAGUCGAUACCUGGUGUUAUGGAGGUCCAAUGGGUGCCAGCACUCUUGGAGCCUCCGGCACACACCCAAAUCAACUACAAAGUGACAGACCUUCAUGGGGGCCCAAGGCCCCCGGCUCCAGUGGAAGAGAGCUAUCGGAAGAACGUUCUGAACGGUGGCACGUUCCCCGGUCAGCUGACCGCGGUGGGCAUGCAGCAGCUGUACGAGCUGGGCAAGAGGCUGAGGACGACGUACGUUGAGGAGACCCAUUUCCUCAGCUCCACCUUUAGCCCGGCCGAGGUCUAUGUGCGUUCCACAAACAUUCUGAGGACCAUUGAAUCCGCCAGGUGCCUAGUAGCAGGGCUCUUCCUGCAAAAACAAACAGAACCGGUCCCUAUAUUCACUACGGACGCCGGUUCUGAAAUCCUCUACCCGAACUACCACGGAUGCCAGCUGCUGAAAAUCCUUGCAGGCCCCCGCUGGGCAGAGUCCUCCACCCUGCCAGACAUCGCAGCAGACCUGCAGAGUGUCCACAGCGCGCUGGGCAUCGCCCCUCACCAGCGCAUCGACUUCAUCCUCAUUAGGGACGACAUGGUCGCCAGAGAGACGCACGGCCUGCCCUGUCCAUCAGCGCUGGGCACCUGGAAGAACAAAGUGGAACAGAGAGCCGUGGACAUGAUGUGCCAUGUCUAUGAACACAACAGCAGCAUGGUGAACUUGCAGCUGUGUGUGGGACCCCUCCUGCACUCGCUGUUAACCAACAUUGAGGGGAAACUUGAGGGCACCUUAUCAGAGGCAGACAGGAAGCUGUUUUUGUACUCUGCACACGAUACCACUUUGAUUCCGUGUUUGAUGGCUCUGGGGAUUUUUGACAUGAAAUGGCCACCAUUUGCCGCUGACAUCACCGUAGAGCUGCACCAACACCGGCAGACCAACAAGCCCUUUGUUAAGGUGUCCUACGUAGGCCAGGAUCAACUCAUACCGGGUUGCAGUGGAGUCUACUGCCCCCUGGAGCAGUUCAAGCAGGUCCUCUCCGCAUACUCACUGAGCUCCGAAGUCCACCGCUCGCGGUGUAACGGCACCGAGGGGCCGACUGAACCCUGAACCCUCAGCACAGGUCUACUUCCUCCUCUCACUCCAUCCGGCCACCACUUCCAGGGAAAGCAAUUUGUGGAUCACAUCAUGUUUUGCAUCAGGCUGCUAUGUCAUAGUUUCUCAUCUCCGUGUAACAAAGGCAGUGAAACGUCCCAGUCCCGGUUCUGGCAUGUUGACAAGUAUAAGUGUAAAAUAAUUUUACCAAACUGUGUGACAUCACAUGCUUCGUGAAUCCCACUUGGUUUGAACGCACUUAACAAAGGCUCUGAUGUU